AUGAAUGGCGUGACACAGCGUCAACGUCAACAUCACAACUAUCACUCCCUGGCAGCACCAGCAACCGCAACCACUAUCCAUCAUGCACAUCAUCAGUAUCAUAGUCAGCGUGCGAGUUUUCUCGACCACAUUAUCGGCGACACGCAGAAGCGUCAACGACAUGAAGCUCACUCCGUGGCAGCGCCAACAACCCUGACAGCAGCAGGUGCAGUCGCUGCAGCAGGAACAGCAGCAGCAGCAGCAGCAGCAGCACGCAUGCACGCGCCUGUGACUGUGAUUGAGUCCACCCAGAACCCUCCUCCUCACCACCCUUCUCCCCCACCACCAAGGGAACCAGCACCAGUGCUAGCACCCCCCACUCCCCAGAUGACUUUUGAGUCGACUCAAAAGUCACCAUCGUCGCAGGAACCUCCAAGGGAACCGUCACCAGCGCCAGCACCCCCCCCCACGCCCCAGAUUGCGAUGGCAGCAGCGGGAAUGGGCGCGCCUGUGACUGUUUUCGCUGCCAAUUUUGGCAGCCUGAAGCCGCGUGUCCUGCUGAUUGACGGCACGUGCUAUGCUUCCCACGCUGGUGAGUCAGACUUGCUGGGUCAUUUCUGCUCAGGACAGGCGGGUGUGUUGGGGGUUGGAGGAAGAGUGGUUCAGCGUAUUGCCAAGGCCGACAGGGAUCAGAAGAUCUCCUUCUGCUGCGCGCAGUCAGAGGCAGCACAUCCCUACCUCGCUGCCUUUGGCCUCACCUCCUCCGACGUCCUUCACUCUCCAGUGUACAUUCAGGGAUUCAACGCCUCCUUCAAUGGCACCUCAGCUCUGCUGCAAGUAGCCUGCGACCUGCCACUCCCCUACCCCCUCCUCGCCCCCUUCCUCCUCAUCCCCCAACCUCUCCUCAACACCCCCUUCCUCUUCGCCUGGCGCCGCCGCCACCGCGGCUUCAAGCAGGCCCCUCAGCGAUCCUCCCCUCCUUCCCUCACUCUGUGCCCCACAAACCCCUCCUCCCUCUCUAACUUUUCCCCUUCCUUCCCCUCCCUUCCCCUACCUUCCCCACUUCUGCCCUUGUUCGCCCCGGUGCUGCCAGCGCUGCUGCGAGUGGCAUGCGACCUGCCUCUCCCCUACCCUCUCCUCGCCUCCCUCCUCCUCAUCCCCCAACCUCUCCUCAACGCCCCCUUCCUCUUCGCCUGGUGCCGCCGUCACCGCUGGUUCGGGCAGGCGCCGAGGCUAAUCCUGCCCCCCCCGGACCUUAUUGGUAGGUUUGUGGAUCGGGAGGAGCUGGAGGACGAGGGGAGGAGAGAUGAGGACAAGAGGCACCAUGAGAUGGCAGAGGGGCGGCAUGGUUUGGACAAACCUCCAGGAUCACUGGACUGA